AUGGCGCGCGUUUACGCCGAUGUCAACGAGCACAUGCCUCGGUCCUACUGGGACUAUGACAGUGUGAACAUUUCCUGGGGCGUGCUGGAGAACUACGAGAUCGUUCGCAAGAUAGGUCGUGGAAAGUACUCCGAAGUGUUCGAAGGUAUCAACGUCGUCAACUAUCAGAAGUGUGUUAUCAAGGUUCUCAAGCCUGUCAAAAAGAAGAAGAUCAAGCGUGAGAUCAAGAUUCUGCAGAACCUCGCCGGAGGCCCUAAUGUUGUUGCACUGUUGGAUGUGGUCCGCGACAAUCAGAGCAAAACUCCUAGUCUGGUCUUUGAGGCUGUCAACAACACCGAUUUCCGGACACUCUACCCUCGCUUCUCCGACUACGACGUUCGCUUCUAUGUCUACGAGCUGCUCAAGGCUCUCGACUUCUGUCACAGCAAGGGCAUCAUGCACAGAGAUGUUAAGCCUCACAACGUUAUGAUUGACCACGAGAAGCGCAAGCUGCGGUUGAUCGACUGGGGUCUGGCUGAAUUUUACCACAAGGGCACGGAAUACAACGUCCGUGUCGCGUCUCGCUAUUUCAAGGGUCCCGAGCUACUCGUCGACUUCCAGGAAUACGACUAUUCAUUGGAUAUGUGGUCACUGGGCGCCAUGUUUGCGUCCAUGAUCUUCCGCAAGGAGCCCUUCUUCCACGGCAACAGCAACUCUGACCAGCUGGUGAAGAUUGCCAAGGUUCUCGGUACCGAGGAGCUCUUUGAGUACCUGGACAAGUACGACAUUGAACUCGACCCGCAGUACGAUGAGAUCCUUUCCCGCUUCCCCCGCAAGCCGUGGCGCUCUUUCGUCACCGCCGAGAACCAGCGCUUCAUCAGUGACGAGGCCAUCGACUUCCUUGACAAGCUUCUGCGCUACGACCACGCUGAACGCUUGACUGCCCAGGAGGCCAUGGCACACCCAUACUUUGAUCCUGUGCGAGCUGAUGCCAACAACAACGCCCAGGCCCAAUCGUGA